GUUUUUUGGUUUAUAUUUUGAUUUUGGCACAAGAUGAGCCAAAGUUUUGAUAGUUUAAUUCACGGCGGCGGCGACUUUGAGGAGCGGCAGUCCUCGGAGGAUGUGCCAGAGUCGACGACAACAACAACAACAACAGCCGGCGACGGAGCUGCUGCCAUGGCAGGAGCUGCUGCUCUGCGGGACGAGGACCUCAGCGAGGACAACAAUUUCGAAUCGAAUUUGCGACGACGCAAAGGCAAAAUCAUAUCCUGUGCCAAGGAGACCAUCGAGAACGCUUCCCGCCAACUACGCCGCAAAGUGCCCUAUGCCGGCCAUUUAAUGACCCCGCGUCGCCUUUGGCUCAACAAAAUACCCACACAAUGCGAUGUGGUCAUUGAGUUUCCCGAGGAUGCGCCAGAUGAGGCACUACGUUGGCUACUGGCACGCAUACGCUCUCAGCCACCAGCCGGUCUGGGGCUGUUAGUUCAGGUUAAGGCACACGAGAGCUCCAGACGCAAUGCCUUCUAUGUGAGCGCGCCAGUUAAUGUCCUGUUCAAAGCGGCGGAGGAGGCACGUCUGCCGAAACGUCUACGUCCGGACUUGGGCGGCGCACUGCGUGAGUUCACCACCCGCGAGAGUCACUGUUUCCAACAGCUGCGCGGCGAUGUGGGCAGCACCGCAUUGUUCACUUCCCAGGAGCGCCAGUGGCUGGUGUUACAGGUGCUGCAGGGUCUACGCGCCGGUUGCAGUGAUAUUGAUGCGUUGCAGGGACGCGCCACAGUCGCCGAGGGCCAGAGCAUUGUCGCCGCCUGGCAGGAGUCGGGUCUAAUCACACAGGUUUUUCCGCUGCACGAGACGCGCUCCCUGACACAGCUCCAAACGCACUGGGUCAAGCAGAUCUUUGCGCCGCAGCCGCUGGAUGACAUAGCAGCCUAUUUUGGCGUUAAGGUCGCACUGUACUUUGCCUGGCUGGGCCACUACACCUGCGCUUUGGGCGUGCCAGCUGUUUUCGGCACCAUACUUUACUGCAUACUGUGGGGCAAGGGUCAAACCGCUCAGGAUAUGGGCCAUGUGCUAUUCUCGCUGUUCAAUGUGGCCUGGGCUUCACUGUAUUUGGAGGCCUGGAAACGCUACUCCGUGGAGCUGGCCUUUCGCUGGGGCACGCUUUCCACGCCCCCAGAACUGCUUGAGCCGCCCAGGCCGCUCUAUAAGGGCCCGCUGGAGGAGAACAAUGUGACGGGUCGCCUGGAGCCGAAGGAGGCGCCCGCUUGGCAGCGUCGCGCCUUUCGCUAUCUGGUCAGCUUUCCUGUGAUUGGACUGUGCCUCUGCAUGGUGUUUGCUGUGAUGUUUCUCAUGUUGCGCUUCCAGGAUUGGUGGGAUUCCAAGCUGCCGGAGGACAGUGUCCUGUGCUGCCUGAGUGUGAUACCCAAGGUGCUGCUGGCUGGUGCUAUUACCUUGAUGGAUGAGGCCUACUUUAAGCUGGCCGUUUGGCUUAAUGACAGAGAAAAUUAUCGGCUGCAAUCGAAGUACGAGAAUCAUUUGAUUGCUAAAGUGGCGCUUUUUCAAUUUGUCAACUCGUUUCUCUCGCUCUUCUACAUUGCCUUCUAUUUGCGCGAUGAGGAUAAACUCAAAGAGCAAUUGGCUGGCCUACUCAUCUCUCGGCAAAUAAUUGGCAAUUUACGCGAAUCGGCUAUACCCUAUGUCUUGGAGCAAUGGAAGCUGGCCAAGUUGAGCUUUAAUAUGUGGGGCGCUCUCAGUCCCACGCAGCAUGUGAAUCGUAGUCUAGCCGAGGAACUGGCCACCGCCGAGGAGAAGCUUAAGUCUGACGCAGCUGCCACGCCCAAAACUGUGGCACAACAGGAGCAGCAGCAACAGCAGCAAUCGGCAAGCAAGCGAAACAUUGGACAGGCCGAGAUUGAGAGUUCAUUAUACAAGUACGAUGGCACAUUCUCGGAUCAUUUGGAGAUGCUGGUCCAGAUGGGCUAUGUGGUGCUCUUUUCGGCUGCCUUCCCGCUGGCCGGGAUUUGUGCGCUAAUUAACAAUCUGAUGGAGAUACGCUCGGAUGCGUUCAAGCUGGCGCAUGUGCAUCAGCGGCCGUUUGGGCAGCGUGUGGCCAACAUUGGCACCUGGCAGAAUGCGUUGAGCAUAUUGUCGCUGGCCGCGGUUAUUGUCAAUUGUGCACUGAUUGGCCUGUCCGGCCAGGUGUCUCGUCUGUGGCCUGGAUUGACCACUGCACAAACUAUAAUAUUAAUAGUCACACUGGAGCACAUUAUGCUGGGACUGCGGCAGGCGUUGACUUGGCUGCUGCCGGAACUGCCCUCCUGGCUGGCGGCGGAGAUAGCCCGUGCCGAGCAUUGUCGCCGCGAGAUGCAGUGCAAGGGCACCUCACCGCGUCCCACACCGCCGACGCCGCCCUCAACCACAUCCACACAGCCGGAACAGGAGUGCACGGGCGCCGAAACCACGCACGAUCAGUCCAUGGAGAGUCAACUGGCCGAUGAUAUGCUGCUGUAUGGCCACGAGCUGGCCGCCAACUAUGGCCGCAGCAUUGAGGCGGAUGUUAAUAUUUAUGAGAAUCGCGACUCCUCGCCCGAUUCGCCGCCAUCGCAGACGAGCACAAUUCUAAUAAGACCGUUGCAUGAAUCGACACCGCCGCACGGUGGUGCCUCGCUGAGCAGCCUGCAUCAGGAUGGCAAUGGCGCUUCAGCUAGCACGCUAGGCCUGAACUCUGCCGCUGCCAGCUACGCUUCAAGUUUGCAAUCGAUGCAUAUACCGGAAAUACCGCCGUUCCGUAAGAAAUCAAGCGAUUCGGCUGAUCAUACUGGCAGCAGUACGGGCAGCAGUCCACAGCGCACUUCGAUGCGUCAGCUUCAACUACAGCAGCUGCAGCAACAGCAGCAACAACAACAGCAACAACAACAACAGGCAAACAAAAUCGCAGAGAUUCCGCCGUACAGCAAGACGCGUAAAAUAUCCGUCGAGAGCGCAACUCAAUUGCAGAUGAGCGAACUCGCAAGCAAUGCAGACAACCCGGAUGUACUAAAGCCUGCGCCAUCCUGGAGCAAUGUGGCACUCAAGACGGGUGCUCCGGGUAUCAUGCUGGCCACACCACCAGCUGCCCAGCAGCAGCAAAUUGUCGCAUCCUCGUCAUCCUCAUCGGGCGGCGGUGGCAGUGUCUUCAGUCCGAGUGGCGCUGGUCCAGUCGCCGGUAGCAGCAGCAUUAGCAUCAGCAAUUCCCAGUCACGGCCCAGCGUGGGCGCAUUAUCCAAUUCCUCAUCGGGUUCAUCUCACAAGCAACAGCCGCAAAAGCCGUCAAAGGAGGAGCGAGAAAAGGGGCAGGAACAGGCAGCGGCGGUCACACCCUCCACAUCCGCUGGCAAUACAGAUGAUGAGACAAAGGCUGCCGAGUUGGCGGCCAAGAAAUCGCGGCUCAAACAGAAGUUGGUUAAAAGCGCGCGAUCUGUGGCCAUAUUCUCGCUCAAGCUAAAGGAGCGAAGACAGCGCGAGGCGGAAAAGGCGGCCACCAUUGCCGUAGAGCAUGCCAAGGCUCUGGCUAAGCUGCCAAUGCCUCAGCCCGUGGGCGGUGAACUGUCCUUAAUACCCAUCGAGCAGCUAAUACAAAUUGAUGAUAUCAGACCUGCGCUCAAGCCUGCAGCAACAGUAACAACAACAUCUGUUUCGUCCUCCACACAAGCUGGCUCUUCUCUGCAUUAUCAUCAUCAGCAGCAGCAGCAACAGCAGUCACAGCAGCAGCAGCAGCUACAGCAGCAGCAGCAUCAUCAUACGGAUAAUUAAGCUUAACUAAAAACGAAUACUAGCUAUCCCGAGCGCACAUGUAAAUAGUUUUUCUAUGCACAACCCCAUCUAGUCCAUGUUUUAAACGAUCUUUCACUAACAUAUUGAUGAUAUGAGCAAUUUGCUGAAUGUGUGUCUUGUCCAGAGUUGGAAGCAACUAACUAACUUAUACAUAUGUACUUAAUGGUAAACACAAUAACAAGUAAUUAACAAAAGUAAUU